AUGGAAAUGAUUUAUUAUGAUGACGAAGACAUAGUCGAUCGAAUUAUGCAGAUAUUAGGGAUUAAACAAGGUGACAAAGAAAGUGUAGAGGAAUUUACUAAACGUUAUGAUAGUCGUGUGAUGUUGUGGAAUAGUGAACUUCCAGAAGAAGAGAAAAGGAUUUGGUACACCCUUGGCUUAAAACGACAAUACCUUUAUGAGGUUAAAUCUCUUUUACCUGAGACCUACGAUCAAGCUAAACAAUUGGCAUUGAUAAAUGUAGAGAAUGACGAUAAGAGUGUAGAUCAAGAUAUUGGUAGAGAACGUUGUAUAGAUUAUCGUUAUGAAGAUCAAAUUGGAGCAGUGAGUGGUAAAAGAUCUGAUGAUGCUGAUAGUUAUGGAAUGUUGAUCGAAAAGAUGUUUGCUGUGUAUAAACUCGUAGAUAUAUGUCAAUGUAGUGUUGAUCGUAAUGCUAAGGUAGUAAUGGAAGGGAAUUUGAACAUUAGUGUUGUAUAUGAAAAAUAUGUAAUGAUAGUG